CGAACUUCCCGCUGCCUCCGACGGGCGCGGUGGACGUGGCGGAGCUGCUGCGAGAUGCGACCACGGCGGAGGAAGGGUCCCAGCAGGUGGCGGCGCGGCGGUUGCCGAACCAGUGCUCCGUGCUGCUGUUCCCGGGCCAGGGCAGCCAGGUGGUGGGCAUGGGCCGCGGUCUGCUCCGCUACCCGCGCGUCCGCGAGCUCUACACCGCCGCCAGUCGCGUGCUGGGCUACGACCUGCUGGAGCUGAGCUUGCACGGGCCGCAGGAGGCCCUGGACCGCACGGUGCACUGCCAGCCCGCUGUCUUCGUGGCUUCACUGGCCGCCGUCGAGAAACUGAACCACCUGCAGCCCACGGUUAUUGAGAACUGUGUUGCUGCUGCUGGAUUCAGUGUGGGAGAAUUUGCAGCCCUAGUGUUUGCCGGAGCCAUGGAAUUUUGUGAAGGUUUGUAUGCGGUGAAAGUCCGAGCUGAGUCCAUGCAGGAAGCCUCAGAAGCUGUCCCCAGUGGGAUGUUGUCUGUCCUCGGCCAGCCUCAGUCCAGGUUCACCAUCGCCUGUGCGGAAGCCCAGGAGCACUGUAGGACUUUGGGCAUAGAGGACCCUGUGUGCGAGGUGUCCAGCUACCUCUUUCCUGACUGCAAGGUGAUCUCAGGACAUCUGCAGGCUUUGCAGUUUCUCCAGAAAAACUCCUCUAAGUAUCACUUCAGACGCACCAAGAUGCUGCCAGUUAGCGGUGGGUUCCACACCCGCCUCAUGCAGCCGGCCGUGGAGCCCCUGGCGCAGGUUUUAAAAGCGAUUGAUGUCAAGAAGCCUCUGGUUUCUGUCCACUCAAACGUCGACGGGAACAGAUACAUGCAUCCAAAACACAUCCAGAAGUUGCUGGUCCAGCAGGUGGUCUCCCCGGUGAAGUGGGAGCAGACCAUGCACACCAUUUAUCAGAGGAAGAGAGGCACCGAGUUCCCCAGAACUUUUGAAGUGGGACCUGGGAGGCAGCUGGGAACCAUCCUGAAGAGCUGUAACCUGCAGGCCUGGAAGUCCUACAGUCACAUUGAGGUGCUGGAGGCUGACGAGAACCUGGACCAGAACCAGUAGGUUCUGGGAGGGGGGUGACUGAAGGGGGUCCAGGGGGCUGAGCCCAGCCUGGCCUUCCUAUUGGGCCCCCUCCUCCCAGUGAUGGGGAGGGACUGUUUGCGAAGUGCUUUGACUGCCACAUAAAAAGCACUGAAAAUGA